AUGCUGUAUGGCUUUCUCAUCCAUGCUCCAGGAUGCCACUACUUCUAUCAGCUUCUAGACAGGACUGUGAUGCCAGAUGAGCCCACUGGCGCGCCAGCGAUCCUGGUCAAGGUUUUCUUGGACAGGGUUGUUUUCACUCCCCUGAACAUGCUGGCGCUGUUUCUUUUCACCGGCCUGUUGGAGGGCCUGCCUUGGCAGCGGAUACUCUCCACCAUCUGGCGCCGCAUGCUGCCACUGUGGCUGCUGAGUAAUGUGCUGUGGCCGGCGGCGCAUGUCAUAAACUUUCGAUAUGUGCCCAGCGAACAGCGCGUGCUUUUUGUGAACCUAGUGUCGCUGCUGUGGAACGUUGUCACUUGUCAGGUGGUGGGGCAGGAGGGAACGGUGCACCACAAAGUGGCCUAUGGCCUGAAGGGCCUUUCGCAUUUUCACCUGGGGCAUAGAAGCCCGACAGAAACGGUGUAGAUGAGAAACAUGAUGUACAACUUGCACUUCAUUCACACAUGUAUGGCGUCUAUGAUAUAACCCACUGACUGUGAGCCAUUGGCCGCCAGUGCCCAGCGGGCAAGCGUUCCGCACUCGGCGGCCACAGUCACGCUUCACUGUGGCACGGUGCCACGUGCACGUGCGUAUGCUUUCCUGUCGUAUUGCAAUAUAUGCAGACGAGCUC